ACAAAUUGCAAAUUUCUUUAGUUUCUUAUUGGAGAUCGUUUGUGGAGUGUAUUUUUGUAUUUACUUUGAAUUUGUUGGUGUUUACAGUACUCACACGAAAACCCCUUUUAACGGAUGACGCAUUUGUGAACAAAAAGUAAAAAUUGUAUAUUGUGAAAACAUAAUACGAAAAAAAACAAUACACUAUUAAUUUUUGUGUGAAAAUUAGAACAUUAACUAUUGUGCUACUAGUGGAAAACCUAGAUUAAAACAGACGACGAGAUGUUUUUACCGAAUAUAAUUAUUUAAACUUUCUCUUCGGUUUAAGUUAAAUUACAUGCUGAAUUACAUUUUAACUCGUUGAAUAUAAAAAAAGUAAAAAACAAUAAAAAAACUGAACUGUCUACAUUAUUGUUUAAGCAUCUUCAUUUGGUAUUUAAAAAUCAGUGUUGUCGUCAUCCAUAUAAUCAACAUACAAUUUAAUAUUUAUUGUUAUUUGUGGGCGUCUUGAGCUUUUUUUUUUAGCAACAAUAACUACAAAGUGAACGGAUUUUAACUACAUUGAACUAGUUACAAAUAAAACAAAAAACAAAGAAGAUAAACUAACACAGCUGUUUGGUGGUUUAAGUCCUAUCAGGCAGCCACAACCAGCCAUACAAUGAAUUCUCAGACCAGUAUUAAUGGUGACCCGGAAACAGCACCCAUAGCUGCUCAACGUUCCGGCGGAGCCUCCUCUAUGAUGCGUUCUUUUGGUACUCUCUUCGGUACGUCUAACGGUGGUCCUAGACGAACAAGUUCACAAAAUGGUGUUGAUGGUUAUGUAGAAUUCGGUAUGCAGGAUCCAGAAAGUAGCGGUCGUACACUGGGCACUUUUGCUGGUGUAUUCAGUCCCGUAGCUUUGUCCAUGUUUAGUGCUUUGGUAUUUAUACGUGUUGGCUUUAUUGUUGGUAAUGCUGGUUUAUAUGUUACCCUCUUACAAUUUGUUAUUGCCUAUGUAAUCUUAUUAUUUACUGUGGCAUCAGUAUGUGCAAUUUCUACUAAUGGUGCUGUUGAAGGAGGCGGCGUAUAUUUUAUGAUAAGUCGAACAUUGGGUCUGGAAUUUGGUGGUUCUAUUGGCACCCUAUUCUUUUUGGCCAAUGUUGUGGGCUGUGCCAUGGCUAUUUCCGGUUGUGUUGAAGGUAUUAUGAAUAAUUUUGGUCCCGGUGGUUAUUUUGCAUCCGCUGAAGGACUUCUACCGGAUGGUACUUGGUGGCGUUUUCUAUUUUGUACCGUAAUUAAUACACUAAUGCUGUUGGUGUGUCUAAUAGGCGCUUCAUUAUUUGCCAAAACUUCUGUAUUAAUUUUGGGUAUUGUCACGGUCUGUUUAUUGGCCACUUAUAUAAGUUUUUUGGCUGAGGGUCCCAACAAUGACAAGGUUCCUGUUCCUGAUGAGAAUACUGUAAUAAAUAAAACUAUUACACCCUUUUUGGAAUAUACUGGCUUAAGUGCCGAAACUUUAAAAAGUAAUUUAUACGAAAGUUAUGGUCCUGAUUAUACUUCCAAGGGAAAAAUGGUAGAUUUUGCUACCACAUUUGGUGUAUUGUUUGCUGGUGUUACCGGUAUUAUGGCCGGUGCAAAUAUGUCCGGUGAAUUGAAGAGUCCUUCGAAGAGUAUACCCUUGGGUACAUUAUCUGCUGUGGCAUUUACAUUUGUUGCAUAUGUCAUACUUUCAUUCUUAAUGGCAUUCACAACCCCACACGAAACAAUGAGAAAUAAUUAUCUUUUCCUAAUGUAUGUCAAUUUCUGGCCACCAUUUACUGCCAUUGGUAUUUUAACCGCCACCUUUUCUACCGGUUUAAGUAAUCUUAUUGGUUCGAGUCGCAUUUUGGAGGCUUUAUCGAAAGAUCAAGUAUUUGGUCCGCUGACAAAUUUUGUUAUUAAAGGCACCUGGAAGGGAAACCCUAUAGCGGCAGUUAUGACCAGUUGGGUUUUAGUGGAGUGUAUUUUAUUGAUUGGCUCCUUGAAUACAAUUGCCCAAAUCAAUUCGGUAUUAUUUAUGCUUUCGUAUUUGGCCACAAAUUUAGCCUGCUUGGGUAUUGAGUUGACAGGAGCACCUAAUUUCCGUCCGCUAUUUAAAUAUUUCACCUGGCAUACAUGUCUUUUUGGUUUGAUCGGCACCUUGGUUAUGAUGUUUGUAAUCAAUCCUAUUUAUGCCUCCUCAAGUAUUAUAUUGUGUUUAUUGCUGGUUAUUGCUUUACAUCUAUUCUCGCCAGCCACACAAUCAGCCCAAUGGGGCUCUAUAUCACAAGCUUUAAUGUUCCAUCAGGUACGCAAAUAUCUACUUAUGUUGGAUCCUCGUAAAGAUCAUGUUAAAUUUUGGCGUCCCCAAAUGCUUCUGCUGGUAUCCUCGCCUCGUUCGUGUUGUCCUUUGGUUGAUUUUGUUAAUGAUAUGAAAAAGAGUGGUCUGUAUAUAAUAGGUCAUGUUAAAAUUGGCAAUACUACCGAUUUGGAAGAUCCCACUUCAGAGGAAAACAAACAAUGGUUAUCAUUUGUCGAUCAUAUGCAUGUUAAGGCUUUUGCCGAAACAACAAUAGCUAAUUCGGUGCGUGAAGGUGUUCAACAUUUAAUACGUUUAUCUGGCAUAGGAGCCAUGAAACCAAAUACUAUUGUAUUGGGUUUCUAUGAUAAUGAAGCACCAAAAGAUUUCUUUGAAACCUCCACCUCACCCUAUAAAACUGAUGGUUUCACUUCAGGGGAAAUGCAAAAUUUCCCCAUACGACGUGAUGGCGAGGAGAAACAUAUUGAUGUUACCGAAUAUGUGGCCAUUAUCAGUGAUAUUUUGCGCAUGAAAAAGAAUUUAUGUUUAUGUCGUCAUUUCCAUCGUCUGGACAAACAUUUUAUAGCCAAAAGCAAACACGUUAAAUAUAUAGAUGUUUGGCCCAUCAAUGUUUUCAAUCCCAAAACCGAAGAUCCCUUCGAUGUUGUCUCCUUAUUUAUGAUGCAAUUGUCGGUUAUUAUGUUGGCAAAAUGGAGUCAUUUACGUUUACGUGUUUUCUUGUGUGAAACUAAUAAUACUUCGAAUACCACAACAUUUGAAACACAAGAUCCUAAUAUGCCUCAGAUUGAAAUUUUCUCUAAAAUGAAAUUAGAACAAAGUCUUAAAUCGUUAAGAAUAAAUGCUGAUAUUAUAGAGAUUCAAGAAUGGGCUCGUGAUACGGAAUUUACUCGUCACUCUCGUAUUCUCAAACAAUUUACACAACAUGCUGAAUCUGUUACAGAAGCGGUAACUGAAGAUAAUCUUAAUCGUUCAUUGUUGUAUAUGCAAAGAGCCAAUCAAAUUAUACGUGAACGUUCCGAUCAAACAGCCUUAUCAUUUAUAUAUCUAGCAGCACCACCACAAAUCAACACGCCCGACUUUGGGGAACGUAGUGUACGUUAUAUGGAAUUGUUAACUGAAUUAACAGCCGAAUUACCACCCACAAUUUUAGUACAUGGUGUAAGCACCGUAACUUCCACUACUCUUUAAGAGCAUACAUGACUACGACUACAAAACAAAUCUUUUAUAAAACAGCAACAUUAUUGUAAAAUAAACCACAUUUUAAGGAUUUAAAUUUGAGAACUUUAAAGUAUAAUUUGCACUGAAAUUAAUAAUUGUUUACAUACUUUUUAAGUUCGAAAAAAGUCCUAACAGAUGACACUGUUUUAUAAAAAAAAAACAACUUUUGAUUGGUAUUAAAUAAUCAGCAUUUUUGUGUUAUAAAUAAUUUAUGCAACAUUUUUAAGGUAAAACAAAUUAAAUAGAAAAAUUUAUUAAUUAAAAAUUAAACAUAUUUAAGUAGAUUUUUUUUUUUGGCAAUGUAUAAAAACAACAAGUUAUGAUUCAUUGAUUCGUUAUGCGCUGUGCUUAGAAGUUAUUUUUUAAAGGCUUUAAAUGUUUUAUUUUUUUACAAAUUGGUAAUAAUAUUUAUUAAUUUUGUAUGAAUGUUAUGCAUCUAUACUUGUUGUGUUUAUACAUUUUUUACUUUUACCAUUUACAUAUAUAGAGAACUGUUUUAAAUAAAAUGUAUAUUAUAUUUUUUAUAACUAAUACUUUUUGAGAAUACAUAUAAUAAAACUCAGUUUACAUACAUAUUUAUAGUAACUUUAUUGAUCAUAUCACAAUUGUAAACAAUUCCAAAAGAAACUUAAAAUGAACUAUUAUCGACCAAAACAAAAAGAAAUGUUUAACAUUUUGUAAAGAAAAAAAAAAAAC